UGUUCCACACCCGUGACCGCAUCACGAAGAACAACGACAAGCUCAACCGAGCCUCUGCUGCUGCCAUGGCUGCUGCUGAUGCGGCUGCUGCGGCUGACACUGCAACUCGGGUUGGCAAAGGGAAGGGGAGGAGUAAAGGCAGCAGCGACCAGGCACAGAGAAAAAGGGCUGGGGCAGAAAUAGCUGCAGCCAGCUCUGGGAAAGGAGUCCAGGAGAGCAUACCAAGGGACCAGGGCUUCACGCGGCCCAAGGUGCUCAUCCUCCUCCCCUACCGCAACGCCGCCCUCACUGUGGUGCAGCGGCUGCUGCGAGUGACUCCGCCCCAGUCUAAGAUUGCAGUGGAGCAUUUAGACCGCUUUCUCGCUGAGUUUGGAGAGGAGGAGAGCGAGGAGGAGGAGAGUGAGGAGGAGGACGAGGGGGAGAGGGAGAAGGCGAGGCAGAGGAAGAGGAGGAGGCAGCAGCAGCAGGGGGAUGGGGAUGCAUCAGCAGCAGCGGCGGCGGUGGCAGUGUUGCAGAAGGGGUUGAAGCCGGUGGACCACCGGGCGAUGUUUGGUGGCAACAACGACGACCACUUCCGCCUCGGCAUCAAGUUCACCAAGAAGUCCGUAAAGCUCUACACUGAUUUCUACCAGUCUGACAUCAUCGUUGCUUCGCCCAUCGGCCUCGUCACCAAGCUGGGAGAGGCUUUGGAGGAUAGCGAGAAGGACAUGGACUUCCUCUCGUCCAUUGAGAUUGUCAUCGUGGACCAAGCUGACGUCAUCCUGAUGCAGAACUGGGCGCACAUGGAGUCGGUGUUCUCUCAGCUCAACAAGCUGCCGGUGAAGCAACAUGGGACGGACUUCAUGCGCGUGCGAGAAUGGUACCUCAACGGCUGGGCGGCUCACUACAGGCAGUCCAUAAUUCUCUCCGCAUUCACCCACCCCUCAAUCAAUGCACUGUUCCACCGAGCCUGCUCCAACUUCUCAGGCAAGGUGAAGCUGAGGUCGGAAUACUCUGGGGUCUUGGCUCUCGUGGUGCCGCAGAUUCAACAAGUGUUUGACCGCGUUGACUGCACCGCCAUCACAGCGGCAGCAGAGGCGCGCUUCCAGUUCUUCGUCUCAACCAUCUUCCCGCGCCUCCGGGACUCCGUUCAGGGCGGCGUGCUGGUCUACGUGCAAUCCUACUUUGAAUUCGUACGGCUCAGAAACUUCUUCAAGCAGGAGAAUCUCUCCUUCUGCCUCCUCUCCGAAUACACGGACGAGCGCAACGUGCACCGGGCCCGAGCGUGGUUCUUCCAGAACCGGCGGCGCAUCAUGCUCUACUCGGAACGGUCCCAUUUCUACCACCGCUACAGGAUCCGGGGCAUUCGGGAGGUCAUUUUCUACUCUCUGCCCUGUUACGCACACUUCUAUGCUGAGAUCCUCAACCUGUUAGAAGGGGUGGACAAUGCUUCUUGCUCGGCCAUCUUCACUCGCUUCGAUAACCUCGAGCUGGCCAGGAUUGUGGGAUCCUCAAGAAGCACUAGGAUGCUGCAAUCUCCCAACCACACAUUUAUGUUCUGCUGAUGGCCCAAUUAUGCAGUCAGGAUGUAUCCCUCCCGGCCCGAGCGUCUGUCUGAUUGCGGUUGGGUGAGGUGCUUUUUGAGACAGAAGGGUCAAAUAUCAAUCUGAAGUGGUUGGGUAGGGUAUUAUUGAGCAACCAAGUACGCUUGGGGGACACGCCCCCACGCCAUAGUUUGCUGCUAUACCCCUAGGACAUGUGGUAUGCGUGUGCUGCUGAUGGCCCAACCCAACCACGUCCACGUUCAGCUCAGAUCUCUCUAGUGAACUUCACACAUGCCAAAAUUAUACGGUAAGUCUGAUUU